CACCUCCUCCUCCUCCCUACGAGUCCCUCUCUGGACACCGUGAGAUUCGCGGCGAGGAGGUUUCCCAAGAGGCGGCCAUUCGUCUCCUUUACGUGCCGCUGCUCGAGGGAUACGCCUGCGUGGCCGGAAGAAACCAGUGCUGUCUCUCCCGACGGGAGGAGGUGGUUCUUGGGCUUUCUCCUCGCUUCUGCUUCCGGACUCAAUUUUUGUGGCGAUGCUGAAUCUGUAUCCUCCAGCAGGAGAGCUCUUAGAUCGGCAAAGGUUCCUGAGACCGAAUAUACUACUCUACCAAAUGGCCUCAAGUACUAUGAUAUAAAGGUUGGAGGUGGACCUAAAGCUGUGAAAGGAUCACGAGUCACUUUACAUUAUGUCGCCAAAUGGAAGGGCAUAACAUUUAUGACGAGUAGGCAAGGGCUUGGUGUCACUGGUGGAACGCCCUAUGCUUUUGAUGUUGGUCAAUCUGAGAGAGGAGCUGUCCUGAAAGGUUUAGAUUUGGGGGUCGAAGGAAUGAGAGUGGGAGGCCAGAGGUUGUUGAUAGUUCCUCCUGAGCUGGCUUAUGGAAGUAAAGGAGUCCAAGAGAUCCCUCCAAAUGCGACAAUUGAGUUGGAUGUUGAACUACUGGCUAUCAAGCAAAGUCCAUUUGGGUCGGGUGUGAAGCUUGUUGAAGGCUGAAAGUGCAUGCCCCUAUUGUUGGUUAUUGGAUCUUUCACUUUCAAGCUACACCAAUUUCCUCUUUUGUUUUCCUUUUAUCGAAGAAGGUUCAGAUCUCCGCUGGUUUGCAACUUUUAUUUGGUCUCUCUGAUCCUUCUUUAUGUGUAUAUGUGGCUCUCCUCAUAUGAUGCAUGAGGUUCUGCUAUGCCCAUAACUCAUAAUUAUCACUUUCAUCAACCUGUGUUUUCGAUGGUGCAAUUUGGGCAUUUUGAUUUCAAGGAAAUAGAAUCGUGGGCAUCCUUAUACACAGUAUAUUGUGUAAUGAUUUCAUGUGGGG